CCAACCGCAUGAACCUGGCUGGGCUCUCAUAGAAACACUAUAAAUGCUCAUACUUACUCGGUCUUACCUUACAAAGCGUCAGUAUGAGAGGCUAUCUGGUUUUAGUCAGGUUAUCUCAUUAGCUUCUCUGAAAAGUAGGCAAUGCAACUGGCAGAUGUGAAGUAGUGUAAGUGUAGCACAAGCGGAUCAGGUUCGCAUUGCCUGUUUUGAAAGACAUGUGAAAGUGGCCAUCGUUAGUACGGAAAACAUUCAAGGCAUGCAGCCCUGCACUGCACUCAGAGUUGUAUUGUCCAGCUCAAAGCUCAAGAUGACCCUUCAGAAUGGAUCAGACACAUCCGCCCGCAGCACGGCUGACCAGAACAACAACCUGCGCUGGGACCUGACCCCAGAAGAGAUCAGACAUCAGACACAGAGACUGAUCCAGCGGAUAAAGCAAGCCUAUGACUCCGUGGGCUCGCUGGACAUCGGGAAGGUGUGCUUUGAGAAUACACUGCAAGUCAUUGCAGAUGCAAAAGCAGAUUAUGCCGCUUCACGGCACGUGUUGGACUUUCCUCAGUAUGUCUCUCCAUGUAAAGAGGUGAGAUUGGCGAGCACCGAGGCUGACAAGCGCCUGUCGGAUUUCGAUGUGGAAGUGAGCAUGAGGGUAGACAUGUUUCAGAGACUCACAGCUCUGCAGGAAAAACAAUCCGGUGAUUUAUUGCCCGAGUCGGAGAGAUUCCUGAGACGACUCAUCAAAUUAGGGAAACGGAACGGAUUGCACUUGUCCAAGGAUAUACAAGAAGAGAUCAAGUCAAUCUCUAAGCAAAUAAGUGAACUCUCCAUUGAUUUCAACCAAAAUCUGAAUGAAGAAAAUACAAUGCUGUUGUUCUCGCAACAAGAGCUUGUGGGUCUUGCGGAAAGCUACGUGAACGGUCUUGAGGAAACAGAAGAUGGGCGGUAUAAAGUCACCCUUGCGUACCCCCACUACUUCCCCCUGAUGAAAAGAUGUCAUGUUCCCGAAACCAGGAGGAAGAUGGAGAUGGCCUUUCACAGCAGGUGCAAAGAUGUGAACACUGCUAUCCUGGAGCAGCUGAUUGAGUUGCGGGCAAGGCUAGCCAAACUCCUGGGCUUCAGCAGUCAUGCCAAUUAUGUGCUGGAAAUGACCAUGGCCAAAAAUUCAGAGAAUGUGGCACAGUUUCUAGAUGAGUUGUAUAAGAGGUUGAGACCAGUGGGCGAGCAGGAGCGGCAAUACCUGCUGUCACUCAAACAUGCUGACUGUGAGAGGCGGGGCUUGGAGUUUGACGGACAGCUCCACGCGUGGGACAUGCCCUACUACAUGAACCAGGUGGAACAAGUGAAGUUUGCGGUGGAUAAGGACAAACUGAUCGAGUACUUCCCUCUGGAGGUGGUGACCGAGGGCCUGCUGAACAUCUAUCAGGAUCUGCUGGGUCUGAGGUUCCAGCGGGUGCAGGACGCUCACGUGUGGCACGACAGCGUCAAACUCUACUCCGUACUGGACUCUGUGACUGGAGAAGAGAUCGGACAGUUUUACCUGGACUUGCAUCCCAGGGAGGGUAAGUAUGGACAUGCUGCAUGCUUUGGGCUCCAGCCAGGAUGUCUUGGGCCUGAUGGGAAGCGUAGGAUGCCUGUAGCUGCCAUGGUGGCCAACUUCACAAAACCCACAAGCAGCUGGCCUUCCCUCCUGCAGCACCACGAGGUGGAGACCUUCUUCCAUGAGUUUGGACACGUCAUGCACGAGCUCUGCUCCCGGACGCGCUACGCAGAGUUCAGUGGGACGCAGGUGGAGACUGAUUUUGUGGAGGUGCCGUCUCAGACGCUGGAGAACUGGGUUUGGGAGAAGGAGCCGCUCAGGAGGAUGUCCCGCCACUACAAAGAUGGCAGCCCGAUCCCAGACGAUCUGCUGGAUAAACUCAUCGCAUCUAGAGUAGCCAACACAGGUCUGAUGAACCUCAGGCAGAUUGUUCUCAGUAAAGCUGACCAGACGCUCCACACUAAAGACAGAGCGGACACUGCAGCCGAGUUCGCCAAGCACAGCAAAGACAUCCUGGGAAUCCCAGCCACACCAGGCACAAAUAUGACGGCUAGUUUCAGCCAUUUAGCCGGAGGAUAUGACGGUCAGUACUACAGCUACCUCUGGAGUGAAGUCUACUCCAUGGACAUCUUCUUCAGUCGCUUCAAAAAGGAAGGAAUCUUGAAUCCAAAGGUGGGCAGGGAAUACCGGCGUGUGCUUCUAGAAGCAGGAGGUUCAGUGGAUGGCGUGGAUAUGUUGAAGACGUUCCUGGGUCGAGAACCCUGCCAGGAUGCGUUUUUUCAGUGUAAAGGACUCACGCAAACCUUCACGGAACAAAACUCGCAGUGACUUUGCACUGUGAAAGAACAGGAAGUGAACUUCUGAAUUUACAGUAACAAUGACACGUCUGUCAUUAGUUUUCUUACUAGUUUUACUUACCUAGUGUUAUAUGGAACGAAAUGUUAUGUACUUGUUUUGUUUGUCAAGCUGCCUCAUUUCUUGUCAGUGUUGAGUUGAUGUCAUUAAUAAUCAAAUACAAAUUUUAAUAAACGCAAA